AUGGAAGAAGCCGUGCAAGGAGGCUCUCGACAAGGUGCAAGGCAGACCACUGCCGCUUUGCACGUGGAUGAGGAGGAAUCAGAGCUGGCUGUGCAUCUGUACCGACAGUUCCUUUGGGGUCAUCAGAGCUUGUCGCACGUCCGCACAACAGCCAGACUGGCUUCGAAUGAAUUGAGGCUCAAGAAGGCCACUGUUCCUAAGCAGCUCUCCACCUUGGCAGGUUUAGGAGGCAACACCGACUUGACCCAUAAUCUCUGGAGAGAUUUGGAACGACGAGUGCAGACGCCUUUUCUUCAACCGAGGUAUGAGAUGCUGCCUCUGAAUCCCAGGCCAGGUAAGAUCCCUUUCUUUGAUCCGGUGCAGACUUUCGAAAGCCUGAGGACUCGACGUCCGGAUGCCUUCAGAGAACUCUGCCUUCCCUCUGUUGCUGAGCUGCAGCAAUUCUGGCAGCAGUGUGGGCGCCAUCCGGCUCUGGUCCACCACCCAGUAACAAAGAUUCCCGAUUACCAGGCUCGAGCUGUGCCUCUCGUGCUGCAUGGAGACGGGGUCCCGAUUACCGCCAUUGGUGCCAGUCAGAAGAGUUGCACGAGCCACUCCAGACCCUUCCCCGUGCUGGCUUUCGCCACAGGGGAUUUGGAGUGGUUCAGCAUGGCUCAUGGGCUUCCUCGCUGGAAUUCCCUGAGACCAUGCGGCCUCUGCUCUGUUGGCAGACAGUCAAUGUUUGCCUUCAAGCAGGUGGCCCGGGUCGGGGUAGACCCGUGGCAUGUGCCGAGAAAUGGAGUCCACCGCCUCCUACGGAGGACUCUUUGCCAGGCCUCCAUCUUUCCAGACCUCAUGCACACAAAGCACCUCGGAGUAGACCAGAGGAUAUGCGGAAGUGUCAUCUGGCUCCUGAUUCACAAGGUCGUGGAGGGCGAUGUUGCAGCCAACCGCCUCCAGCUGGUCGAAGAGCUACACAGGGCCCAUCAAGGACAUGGCGACAGGCCUCCGGGGAGACUCACACCAGGAAUGUACUUGGGCAAAAUCUCCGACGAGGGCUGCCGGGAAAACUACCCAUGCCUCAGGACCAAAGCAGCCGAAACCAAGGCGACCUUGGCAGCACUCAAGAUCGUCUGGGCAAGCCACAUGGAUCCUCAGAACCAGCUGCACAUCCUCACCAAUCUGGUGCUGGAGCUGAGCUUCUUCUUGGAUACAGAGGUGUCCUCUUGCAAGGAAUGGCAUCCCAGCAAGUCCGAGAGCGAUGAGUGGGUUGUGGCUGGAAUCAGUCUCUGUCAGUGUGUCACGAAGCUCACGAAAGAGUAUCUCAAGCUUGGGCGAUGUCUCUUCCUGGUGACGUUUAAGUUUCACUGGAUGAUCCACUGUCUACACUUCUCCGAGUUCAUGAACCCGAAGCACGUGUGGGCAUACAGCGGAGAAGACUAUAUGAGCCGCUGCAAAACACUGCUGAAGAGCUGCCUCAAUGGCAGGAAGCAGUUGCCAGCCCUGCAGAGAUUUGGUCGCCAGUAUGCUAGAGCCAUUUGUGUCGAAAUAGACAAAGAGUUUCACAGACCCCUCUUUGUGUGA